AUGUUCUAUGGUUUAAAACAAUCUGAUUCUAAAUCUGUUCGAAAACUUAAUCCCAAUCACGAAUCAAUAACUUCACAUAUCAGUUCAUCAAACCCCUCAGUACUUGACGUUUCCAGUACAUCUUUUGAUUCCUCAAAAGUCAAACACCGCGGACUUCGGCGGUCUGUCAUUCUUCGUUCGUUAAUUGAUAUUUGCCGUUAUGAAGGACCUACAGCUCUUUUUAAAGGUCUCGUCCCUACCCUUGUUGGAGUGAUGCCAACACGAGGUAUAUACUUUUGUGCAUAUCAUAACGGACAGUUAUUCUUUGAAAAAUAUUUCCAAUCUGGUUCUUCACUUGUUUAUUUAUGUGCUGCUGGAAUUGGAAGUAUAACCGCUUCUUCUUUAACCAAUCCUAUUUGGUUUGUAAAAACAAGACUUCAAUUAGAUUCACGGCCAGGUCAUACACCUAUUACAGUUUCACAAGUAAUACGUAACACUUGGAAACGUGAUGGAUUCCGUGGUUUCUAUCGUGGUGUAAGUGCAUCAUACUUUGGUUCAUUAGAAACAGCUUUGAAUUUUGUUGUCUAUGAAAAUUUUAAAUCGGAACUACUUUGGCGAGAGCAUAAACGUAAACUAACAACACUUAGCGAUGAUUCUGUUCCAAUGUCGGCAAAAUCUAUUUCUAUCAAUGAUGAUGAUAAUUAUAUGCCACAAAAAGCAUCAGAUUUUCGUGGUUCAAGUGGUGGCAGUAAAUUAUCUGCUUCAAAAGAUAUGAUUUUGUGUAUGAUUGCUAGUGCUUGUUCAAAAGCAAUUGCUAUUACAGCUCUUUAUCCUCAUGAAGUAGCUCGAACACGUUUACGUGAAGAAACUGGUCAGUAUAAAGGAUUUUUUCGUACACUUCAUUCAGUUGGCAAAGAAGAAGGUUUAAGUGGUCUAUAUCGUGGUAUGGCAACACAUUAUAUUCGUCAAGUACCUAAUUCAUGUAUAAUGAUUGGGACUUAUGAAUUUGUUGUCUUUCUACUACAAUCUUGGGAUUUAACUAAAGAUACCAAAGUAUUGUAGUGCCUCUUUAUUCUUCUUCUUAUUUGCAGCACUCUCUUUCCUUUCCUUUCCCUUAUUCAAUUGUACAGAAAAAAAAUAAAAUCAAUCAAUCAUUAUUUACUUUUUAAAAAUUAAACAUAUGUGUAUAGUAGUUUCAUUGAAUUUGUUGUGUGUGUGCUCAUAUAUUUUUUACUCCUCACAAUCAUAUUAUUACUUCAGAAAAAUACAAACAGACAAAAUUAUUGAGAGUAAUAAAACAGAGCUAUUUAGGACUUUCUUUUUUUUUUUUCAUUUUUAUUCAAAUUUACUACUUAUUACUACUUAUUAUUAUCAUUAUGCUGUGCUAUGCUAUGCUAUGUUGUAUACAGAAUUACGUUAGUCAAUUGUAAGAAUUCAUUUUAAAUGUGCGCGAGCAUAUUGUGUUCUUUUUUUAAAAUGCUUAUUUCUAUUUCUUUUUUCUUGUUAAUUUUUCUUCUCUUGCAUUGUGCAUCCGCUUACUUCUGGUGUUCUAUAAUACUUAGUUGAAUUGUAGAUACAAUACAUGUUAAAACAUUGAGAAAAAAAUUGUACAACUUAUUGAAGUGUAUAGAUGUUAUGUAGUGUUGUAUAGUUUUACCACCCUAUCAAUCAUCAUCAUCAUCUCUCUUCGUCACCUUUAUAUCAGCAUUAUCAUUGUUUCUUCUCGAUUGUUUCAUUACUUACUAACCAGGUUUUCUUUCCGU